ACUCUUCACUUCAAUCAAAGACAAGAAGAAAGUUAGCCAGAAAAAAAAACAGAUAAGAAAAUGUCUAUCUUUCUUUGUUUCCUCUUACUUCUUCCACUCUCUUUAAUCUUCUUGAAAAAGCUCUUACCGUCGAAAGGGAAGCUUCCUCCGGGACCUAAGGGUCUUCCGAUCAUCGGUAACUUGCACCAGUUUGGAAGAUUUCUUCACAAAUCUCUUCACAAAAUCUCCCAAGAAUAUGGACCGGUGAUGCUUCUCCAUUUCGGGGUGGUCCCUGUGAUAAUUGUCUCUUCCAAAGAAGGAGCUGAGGAAGUGCUCAAGACUCACGAUCUUGAGACUUGUAGCCGACCUAAGACGGUGGGGAGCGGGUUGUUUACUUACAACUUUAAAGAUAUUGGUUUUGCUCCGUAUGGUGAGAAUUGGCGAGAGAUGAGGAAAAUUGCGGUUUCCGAGCUCUUUAGCCAGAAGAAGCUCAAAUCUUUCAGGUAUAUUAGAGAGGACGAGAGCCAAUUGUUGGUCCGGAAGGUAUCAAAAUCUGCUCUUGAGACACCAACUUCAUCAGUUAAUUUGAGGAAGGUCAUUUUUACCUUCGCGGCAAGUAUCAUUUGUAGACUUUCUUUUGGACAAAAUUUUUGCGAUUUUGUCGAUAUGGAGACAGUGGAAGAGUUGGUGCUUGAAUCGGAGACCAACCUCGGCUCCCUGGCGUUUGCUGACUUCUUACCUGCAGGGUGGAUCAUAGAUCGGAUCUCCGGUCAGCAUUCCACGGUGAUGAAAGCCUUUUCCAAACUCACCAAUUUCUUUGAACUUGUGAUUGAUGAUCAUUUGAAGAGUGGGAAAAUCGAAGAUCACUCAGACAUCAUCAGUGUCAUGUUGGAUAUGAUCAACAAACCCACCGAAGUUGGUUCUUAUAAAGUCACCGAUGAUCAUCUCAAAGGACUUAUGUCGGAUGUGUUUUUGGCUGGAGUGAACGCGGGUUCCAUCACAAUGAUAUGGACGAUGACAGAGUUAAGUAGACAUCCGAGAGUGAUGAGAAAACUUCAAGAAGAGAUUCGAGCAGCGCUCGGACCCAACAAAGAGAAAAUCACAGAAGAAGACCUCGAGAAAGUUGAGUACUUGAAGAUGGUGAUCGAGGAAGCAUUCAGAUUACACCCACCGGCUCCUCUCUUACUCCCAAGACUAACAAUGUCCGACAUCAAUAUUCAAGGCUACAGCAUUCCAAAGAACACCAUGAUCCAAAUCAACACGUACACAAUUGGACGUGACCCCAAAAACUGGACAAAACCCGACGAGUUCAUCCCCGAGAGGUUUGUCGAUAACCCUAUCGAAUACAAGGGUCAACAUUUUGAGCUAUUGCCGUUUGGAGCCGGACGUAGGGUCUGUCCCGGGAUGGCCACGGGGAUCACCAUCGUCGAGCUUGGGCUUCUUAGCCUUCUUUACUUCUUCGAUUGGAGUUUGCCCAAUGGAAUGACCACUAAAGAUAUUGACAUGGAAGAAGACGGAGCUUUUGUCAUCGCCAAGAAAGUCUCUCUUGAGCUCGUACCAACUCUUCAUCGCUGGUGAAGCAUGCAACUAUAACUAUGUUAAAUAAUGACAAGAAUUCUAUAUUUAUGUCCACUUUACUACCGGUUUGGAUUUUGCUUUGUUCAUGUAAUCCGCAUGUUUCAUGUUAUCUUUCAAGUUCUGUUUUUAUGUUAUUGUCAAAAAAAA